AUGAUUUCAUUGUUUUUCAAACAAAUCAUCAGUACUGAUGAAAAACUUAUAUUUAAGAAGGUAUAUAAUGAUAAAAUAAUCUCCCUGGAUGUCAGCGGUAACUCGAAACAGUAUAUCAAUGGAUCAAUGCAAUUAACAAAGCCAGAAUAUGCAAUUUAUCCAUGGGAUAAGCGUUAUGAUUGGUGCUCAAAUUGCAUUUAUGAUUACAAAGAAUACCCAUACAUUAUUUUCUCAUUGAUUGGCAGGAAAUUCAGAUUUAAUGGUUACUUACUUCGCUGCGGAUGCUGCUAUGACGGUUGCUGCUGCGAUGAUGGAUAUGGCUGCUUCGACUGCUGCCUCUAUUCAUGGAAGCUUUUAAUCUCAGACGACAAUAUUACUUGGAAUGAAGUUCACAAAGUUGAAAAGGACUAUGAAAUGAUCAGAUGCAAGGAAAAGAGCUACAAGUUCGAGAAGACAUAUACUGCUAAAUACAUCAAGCUCAUUCAAACAGCAAAUUGCCCAGGAUAUCCAGCUUGCAUUGCAAUUAAUAAGAUUGACUUCUAUGGCGAUACCCUCUUAACUGAUGUUCAAGCUGAAGCAAAUGAUGAUUUUGUAUCUUUCCAUGACGAUGACGAAGAUGUAAGCAUUAUUGGCCAUAUUUCUAAGAAUGGCAAUGUAAAAUUUGAUUAA